UGGUUUGUUUUAUCAACCAGCGCUCGUCGUAGUAAACUUUCUUUCUUCGUUUCCAAGGGAACGCCUCUUGAUUAGGACGCAUGCGCGACAAAUCUUCACCCUUUUCCGCGAACAUCAAAACACUUGUGCUUCCCCGUGUGGAUGUUUCUCAGCUGACAUUUGUUCGUCAAAUGAGGGCUUGUCAGGUGUUCAUACCUGCUGUGGUCGCUCUCGGAUUACUUGUCUCUCCUGUGUGUUGCCAAAAUGUGAACUCAAGUGAAAUUCGGACUCAGUUAAACGGCUCUGCCGCUGAUUUCGGGGCAUUCAGAAAGCAGUUUCACCGCACGUAUGAAGUAAGCAGCGAAGAAUUUAGUCGUCGUCAUCUCAGUUUUCAGAGAGCUACAAUACGGCACACCUAUCUGAACUCAUUUUCCACAGAAACACAGUCUGCCAAGUAUGGCAUCAACCAAUUCUCUGACCUUUCACAGGAGGAAUUCAGAGAUCUGUACCUGGGAGCAGUCUAUGAGAGAGCUCCUCUCUUCUCUGGACUGAGUGUAAAGGAGCUCCCAGACAAAUUUGACUGGAGGGACAAGGCAGCCGUGGCACCAGUCCAGGACCAACAAGCAUGUGGGAGCUGUUGGGCUUUUAGUGUGGUUGGUGCCAUACAGUCUGUCCAUGCCAUAGGAGGCUCACAGCUGGAGCAGCUCAGUGUGCAGCAGGUUGUUGACUGCUCCUACCAAAAUGCAGGCUGUAAUGGAGGCUCCACAACUCGGGCUCUGAACUGGUUAAAACAGACCAGAAUGAAGUUGGUGACUCAGUCCGAGUAUCCCUAUAAGGCCAAAACAGAAAUCUGCCAUUUUUUCUCCCAGUCACACAGCGGUGUUGCCAUAAAGAACUUUACAACACAUGACUUCAGUGGUCAAGAGAAGGCAAUGAUGGGUCAGCUAGUACAAUAUGGCCCUUUGGUUGCUAUUGUGGAUGCUGUAAGCUGGCAAGAUUACCUGGGAGGCAUCAUCCAACACCACUGCUCCAGCCAGUGGUCCAACCAUGCCAUUCUGAUUGUCGGCUAUGACACUACCGGGGAUAUUCCGUACUGGAUUGUGCAGAACUCCUGGGGAACAAGAUGGGGAAAUGAGGGCUAUGUUUAUAUAAAAAUAGGUGGUAACAUUUGUGGCAUUGCAGAUUCAGUGGCAGCUGUUUUUCUUUGACAACAAUGCCUGUAUGAGUCAUUGUGUGUGUAUGUGUGUGUGUGUGUUUGUGAGUGAAUAUCUGUGUGAUUACCAGUGCCAAAAUUCAAAUCAUUCAUCUGUUUGCUUUCGAGUACCACUUUAAAUGUUUUUAUUGAGAUGUAAGCACCACUAAAACCAAAUAAAUUACUUCAUACUGUU